CUAACACAGACCACGAUGAACUCGCUGGUGGUGUUGUUUUCCGUGAUGGCGCUGGCCGCCGCCAGCCCCUCGGGCCUGCUAGCCCCUGCGCCGCUGACGUACUCCGCGCCGGUGCUGGCCGCCGCGCCCGCCGCCGUCUCCAGUCAGUCUCGCCUCGACAUCAAGUCCUCGCCAGCUAUCGUCAGCACUUCAUACGCCGCUGCUCCUGUAGCCUACGCCGCAGCGGCUCCCAUUGCUCCCGUGGCUUACACUGCACCUGUAGCUGCCGCAGCCAUAGCGCCCGCUGUCGUCUCGCACCAGUCCCGCAUUGACAUCAAGUCAUCCCCGGCUGUCGUCAGCACUUCUUAUGCUGCUGCUCCCAUUGCCGCUGCGACCCCUAUCGCAUACAGCGCUCCUGUCGGUUACUCUGCGCCAGUGGCAGCUGCGGCCAUCGCUCCCGCCGCUGUCUCCCACCAGUCCCGUGUGGACAUCAAGUCAUCUCCGGCUGUCGUUAGCACUUCCUACGCCGCCGCUCCCGUCGCCUACGCUGCUGCUGCCCCCAUCGCCUACAGCGCCCCCCUGAUCAAGACUGCAGCGAUCGCUACACCCGUCGUCGCUACUACCGGCUACGCGGCGCCCAUCGCUACUGCCGCCGUCGCGCCUGCCUUGCCCCUGGACACCCCUGAGGUGAUCGCCGCCCGUGCCGCGCACUUCGAAGCCAACGCCCUCGCCGGCGCGCACCUGAUCAAGAAGCGCUCUGCGCCGCUGUUCGCCGCCCCGGUCGUGUCCACGUACUCCGCGCCGAUCGCCUACUCCGCGCCCAUCGCUCCUGUGACGUCGUACGCCUCCUACACCCCCCUCACCUACUCCUCGCCCCUCAUCACCAAGGCCUACAGCGUGCACCCCUGGUGAGCGCCAUCACGGUAACGAGGAUUUCCUCGCCUCAGUUCAGUGAUAUCGAACGACAAUGGUU